CUUCGUGUAUGUCAAAUUUGUUAGCAAAAUUAUUUGUUUUUAUGUAGCUUGUUUAUAUUUUAUGUAGAAUUAUUAAAACAAAUUCUGUUUCAAGUUCUUAAAUUCCUAUUUAAAAUGCGCAACAUUGUGAAUUAUGUAGUGAUUGUGUUAUCACUAUGUACCGUCGGUUCGCUUGCUAUACGGUGUUACCAAUGCUCCUCCGAUCAGGAUCGCAAAGGUUACGAUAGUUGUGGUGCUUAUAAACCAUUUAACCGGACGGAACAUAUUCCCAUCGAAUGUAACAGUGAUGAAUCACAUAUGCCCGGUUCGUUUUGCAUGAAGGUGGUACAACAAGGUCCUAAAGGUUUCAUCUGGGAUGGCCGUUGGCGUCAAGUAAUUAGGCGCUGCGCCUCAGUAUCGGAUACAGGCGUGACUGGUGUCUGCAACUGGGGUGUUUAUGAAAAUGGCGUCUAUUGGGAAGAAUGUUAUUGCUCUAAUGAUAGCUGCAAUGCCGCCUCAAGCAUUAAUUUAUCAAAAAAGUGUUUCGCUAUAGCAAUUAUUGCCAUAUUAGCGCUGUCAUGCAAGAAGCUUGUGAAUUAGGCAACGAAUCAAACGAAAACUGUCUCGAAUAAACAUUCCGUCCAUUUUAUUAAUAUAUUAGUUUUCUUUUUAUAAUUAUGACCACUAUUAUGUAAUCGUCCGUAAACUUAAGUGCCUUAAUGUAAGCAUUUCGCUUUAAGUUCAAAUUGUAAAAAAAUAUAUUUCACGUACAAAAAUUUUUUACACAUA